CAGUUCCCCAUUGAAAGAUGAAAAUGAUUCUGUUUCUGAACUCGACGCUGUUCAGGGAAGGGGUUGUGGGUCGGCCCAGUGACUAUCCCAGUAAGAGGUCCCUGACCUGGGUCUAGGUCCCACCAUAAAGCCAAUCGGUGUGAUUUCUUAUAGAGGAGAUUUUCCAACACUCCAGCCUGCCGGCCUGGCGCCUUCUCCGAGUAGAUCUCCCGAGCAGAUCCUUGUUUUCCCCAGAGACAUUCUCACUUGGCAUUUUUCAAUCCCAACACUAACAUUUUUCAGCCACCAAAGCCUGAAAAUUGUCCUUAGAAAUAUCUCAGGACUGGAAGGAAAGAACUAGGAGCAGAAGAAAAAAAAAUACCCAGGAUGGAGGGGAGAGAGAGUUCCCUGGCGUAGGGUUCAUUCAAUAAAAGCCACUUCCCCUGGCACCAGUAUUUCGGUGAGUCGGGCGUGGAGUCGGCCUCAUCUCUGUGGUUGGGUGGAGAAACAUGCAGAGAAGCUCCGUCCGUGCCCUGCUGGGGAGUGGCUGGACCAGCCUGGGGUGACUUUGGCCCACAGUGCGGUGAGCACAAGGCGAAGCAGGGUGAAUAGUGCCCCGCUCCCGAUUUGCCCACUCAGUGAGGUUAGAGUUGCAGAUUUCCCUUCCAGCCAAUGCGGGCCCGGUGUGGGGCAGAGCUGGGCAGGGGGCAGAGAUCCAGAGACACGGAUGCUCUGAGGGAGGAUCAGAGAGGGAGGGAAGACCCUUUGAGGCUAUCAGUGUGGAUGGGGAGUUGGAUCCCAGCCCAGCGAGUUGAGGGGGCUCUCUGUAUGGACCUGGCCUCCCCCCAGGUGAGAUCAUCGGGGGGAAAGGAAGCCUGGCCCCACUCCAGGCCCUACGUGGCGUAUCUGGAAAUACAACGCAGAGAUGAGAGGAUUAGAUGUGGUGGGUUCCUGGUGGCGGAGAACUUUGUGCUGACGGCUGCUCGUUGCCAGGGAGAAAGCAUCACUGUCGUCCUGGGAGCCCAUAACGUCAGCCAAUGGGAACCGAGCCAGCAAGUGAUCCCUGUGCAACGGCAGAUCCCCCACCCGCAGUACAACAGCAAGACCUUAAACAACGACAUCAUGAUACUGCAGGGUGACUCUGGGGCGUCUCUGGUGUGCGGCAAAGAAGCCCAGGGCAUCGUCUCCUGGGGAUCCAAGGAUGGCACCCCCCCUGCCGUGUACACGAGAGUCUCCCCUUUCAGGCCCUGGAUUCCGGAGACGAUAGACAAAGUGGAGCUCUGAGCCCCGCCAGACGUUGCCGGAUUGCACCACUUCGGUGUUUUGUCUUGGCCCAGACGUGGGGCGACUGAGGCUCCCCCACCCCAGCCAUGUCUCU